CUCAUCAGUUCGAACUCUACUGCCCUGGCCUCAGGUGACCCGCCCUUUAAAUGCCCCAGGAAUUUUAAAAAUCCCCUUCCUGUUUGCUCAGCCAGGUGUGGAGUGCAAUCAGUGAAUCUUUCCAGGGGACCAUGCCUCCACACAUCAAACGAGCCCCAGCAUGGAGCAAUGGUAAGUUGCUGGACCUCAUCAGUGUUUGGGGGGAGGAAGCUGUGCAAUCCCAGCUGCGCUCCAGCCGUAGGAAUUACGAUACCUUUGGGCAGGUAUCAAAGGCCAUUCUGGAAAGGGGCCAUGACCGAGAUGCGCUGCAGUGCAGGGUUAAAGUGAAGGAGCUGCAGAGUGCCUAUUGCAAAGCCCGCGAGGGAAACCGCCGCUCCGGCGCUGCCCCCACGACCUGUCGUUUUUACAAAGAGCUGGAUGCAAUACUUGGGGGUGACCCCACCGCCAAUCCGAGGACCACGAUGGACACUUCGGGGGGGAGGAAGAGAAGAGGGGGGAGGAGGAAACUGAGAGUGAAGGUACUGGGGUUGGGGGAGACACCCCGGAGUCCCUGGAGGCAUGCAGCCAGGAGCUCUUCUCAAGCCAGGAGGAAGGUACCCAGUCACAGCAGCCGGUACUUGGUGGAGGACAAACAGAGGAGUGGGUUCCCGCAACCUUGAGUUCUCGGCUGCCCGUGUUAUCAACAGCUCAAAGACUCCAAAACCUCUGGAAGAAGCCGCGAAAAAGCAAAGAAGACCUACUGCAAGCAGUUAUGGAUCACUCUGCCACAGAGAAUCAAAAAGUGCAGGACUGGUGGGAAAGAGAAAGCAGGAUCCGCCAGAAAAACACAGCGGCCAGGAAGAAAAGCACAAAGCAGCUGAUAAGCAUCCUGGCACUCCAAGCGGACUCUAUCCAGGCGCUCGUAGCCAUGCAGGCAGAGCACGACCACACGGUCCCACCCCCCAUCCCAAAGCUCUUUCCCUUGUGCCCCAAUGUCAGCUCAAAACCCCCUUCCCCAGCAUCCAGGUUCUUACCACCACCAGCUGCCUCCAACACCUGUACGUUCACCAACCAGCCCUGAGAACUACGACCCUUACCCUCUGCACUCAACCCCCAUCACCAUGCAGUAUAGGUAUCCUGAAGUGCAGCAGUCAUUGCACGGCACUCCAGACAGAACAUAUUCAAACCUGUGACUGUACAGUUCCCCACCACACCCCCUUGCCCUUUUAGGCUCCCAAAAUGUUGUGUGUCUGUCAAUAAAGUUAUUUUCUUUUCAAUAAAUGAA